GGAAUCCCCCUCCUACACUUCAACUGUCCCUUUCCGAUAUGUCAAACUAAUAAGCAAAACAAACAAAAUGAGUGAAUAAACUCAUCAAUAGAUAUAUUUUUUAAAUUUUAGUUUAUUGCCGAAGAAGAGUAAUGUUUGUGGUGGCUCGGCGUGUCGUCGUGUGGCAGCGCAGCAGUCGCCUUUCCACCCACCUUCCACGCACCUUUGCCACACUAACCAAAAAUCGAACCGUACUCAAGUCUGAUGUAAUCGGAGCUGCAAGAAGGCAUGUACAUGGAAAGGGUGAGGCCAGCAAUGAUUUAGGAUUCAUGCCGUGGCGCUGGUCUAAACAGUUGUGGGGCAAAAUGUUUGGCAAAUAUCUGCUGCUUACAAACGUCCUCGGCUCCGGUGUCCUGAUGGCCGUUGGUGAUUUCAUCGCCCAGGAUUACGAAUAUCGUCGUGGACUGAAGCAUCAAGAUCAGGAUCGCUGGGAUGGCGAUCGUUUGUAUCGCAUGUUUGUAGCGGGCGCACUUCAGGGUCCACUGCAUCACUUCGUGUACAGCUGGAUGGAUCGCGUGAUGCCUCAUCGAACAUUUCGAAAUAUUGUGAAAAAGAUUCUCAUCGAUCAACUGUUUAUGUCACCCGCGUGCAUCCUCAUAUUUUUCUAUACGGUGUGCUAUCUGGAGCGGCAAACGUUGCAGGCAACGCAUCAGGAGCUGAUUGCCAAGUUUCCCUACAUAUAUCUGCUGGAUUGGCUGACUUGGCCGGCAGCACAAUAUAUCAACUUUCGCUAUCUGGACACCAAAUAUCGAGUGGCAUUUGUCAAUGUGUGCACGGCGGUCUACAAUGUCCUCAUUUCGUACAUGAAGCACGACUUCAACGUCCCUCUCUCCUUGGAGCCCUCUAUUUCCAAGGAACAGCUGGCAAUGGCAGCUGGAAAAGGGAAUGAAAAUGAAACCAAAAACUCUGCUGACAAAGUGGUCAAAGUAUCUGCUGAGAAAACAGAUGAACCUGGAGGGGAAAAAGUAACAGUUGAUUUAUCUAAGGACUAGACUAGACAUAAUUAUAAGCAUUUUACAAAAUUGAUGUGAUAAACCUAAGUAAAUAAAUAGACACAAUUUGUUAGUGAUCGCAUAUAUAUCAUUGAAAA